CAACCAAGUGCUUGAGGCAGCAGUCAGGGUUAACUUGGGGUUCUCUGCUUGUGCCUCACUACAAACUGUGAUUCUCUGAGUCUGUCUCAGGAGGACUGAGUCUAAGUAGGUUUGUUUGCAGUCCUCACCUAACUGCUUUCCAGGAGGCACACUGAUCCUGUUUGUUUGGUUUUUUCUUCUGGGGUGGAAAGUUGGUUGUGAUGGGACUGGAGCUCAGCUUCCAUUACGUCCUCAUCUACAAAUGCAGCUUAAAUGUCAAAGAACAGAGUCUCCUUCGUGCUGUCUGCUGGGUCCCUUUUAGCAUCUAGACAUAAUAGCACUAAAAAUAGUUUGUUGAGAUUCCCUGCUAAUCUUUGAGAAGGGUGUUUAUAAAGCACAGGGGCACGAAUGGUGCUUACCUUUUGGUUAUAAAUAUGCUUGUUUGGGGAAUGAAAGCUAGGAGAAACUCCUUAAUGCAUUCUCACCAUCAGAAGAUUAAUAACUGGUUUUGUACAGCGUGACCUGCCCAGCUUCUGUGCAGCUUGGUGUCCUUGAGUGCCAUGUGGGCUCACCCCUCCUCUGCUUGCAUGCCUUUUGCUUGUUGUAGUGCUUCUGGCACUUGUGCCAUAAGUCAGGUCCUAAUUUUAUCUUGUUAUCCACAGCUCGAUGGCAAGGCAACAUGAGAUAGAGCAGUGCAAACAGAAUGACAUCAGCAAGCAAACAGAUCUGCUGUUUCUGCUUCUGGAGCUUCUAGUUGUGUGCAGCGUGACCCCUGUUGUGAGCUGCCAACUGUGCCUCUUACUAAUGCCUUGGGUUGCUCUGGUGAUCAAGGGCUGCCCAUUUGAGUUGAUAAUGCUCUUCAGAUUUGAACUCCUUCAUACCUAUAAUUAUCAUGGAUCAUUAUGGUUGGAAAAGACCUUUAAGAUCAAGUCCAGCUUGUCAGCCCAUCACCACCAUGCCUACUAAAGUACAAUCCUGUUAAGCAUCAGGAGUUUGUAGUGAUGUGGCUUCUGCUUAGGAAAAGACAGAAUCAAUCUCCUCAUGUUAUGGCUGCCAGAGGAGCGAGGCAGCAGAAGUGCCAAGUUGUUGGUAGUUGUAGGAAAGUGAAAAUCUGGGUGAAGGACUCAUUUAAGGUGUACUGAUGGUAGGUUUUGAAGUAUUCCUUGGGAUACCCUUGCAUAUGCUAGGUAAGUUAAAGCUGUGUUUCUUUCUAGAUGAGGAAGCUGUAGAUUCUGGCAGCAGAGAAUGUAGGCGGGACGUCCCUGGUGCAAGAGAGGUUGAAGAGCUGCCCAGCAGCACUCAAUCACUGUGACAGUCGCAUUAAUCAGAGUGUUUUUCAGGUGAUGGGGUUGAAAUGACUCUUUGCAAUUACAGGAUCUGGCCAUCCGAGGUAAAGAAUGUGACACUAACCCCAGGACUGACUCACAGAGCCUACAGGAAUGCAGAAGCAUAGCUGGGAAGGGAAGAGAGAACAGGACUGGAUCUUCCUUGUGGCUCACUGUGCCGUGGGCAGUGUGUUGUACAGCCAACAUUGGGUGCAGGGGUUGAGGUGCUGGUUCUGAUCUCUGUAUUUGCUGUAUGGCACUGGAAAAAUCCUCCUCGUGGAUGAAUGAGUGGAGUUUUGUGAGUUUGCACCUCACACCCCUCACCAACAUGAGAGGUAUUUAUGAAGGGGUAUUGAAAGAAGCUUCAUUCCAGACAGCUCUGGAGGGUUACAGCCACGUAUUCAAGUUUGAAAAUGCGUUCUAUAGUAGGAUGUAACCUCUUCUGGUGGAGGGUAGACAGAUGAGCUAACCCCCUGGCCUUGGUUUGGCUGUCAUUGUUUGUUGCUAGCUGCUCGAAACCACUUCCAUCCUUGGCCAGGAUAUCCGCUUCCCUGCUGCCUUCCUGGUUGGCCAUUCCUCCAUCCACGAGGGCAGGAGGCUCCAUCCUCCUGAGCAACGUUGGGUGGGAUUUUCUUCUGAAAUUUGAGUCUUCUUGAAAGGGAAGGAAGCUGCAGGUGUGUUUGCCCUCAGCAGUGGGAUUCAUUGAGAUUUGGCUUCAGCUCAAUGCUGUGUUUGAUUCCUAGGAAACAAAUGUGGCUUCCUCGUAUAGAGCUGGGAAGAAAAUUCAACAUCUCACCCAACAAAAUCUUUCAGAAACAACUCAGAACUGUGUUUUUCCAGAUGGAGGGUGCUGAGGGCUGCAUGACCAUGAGUAGCACCACGCUUUGGUGGUGUGUCAUGGCUUGCAUUCAUUCCUUGUUCACUGGGGAGUAACUGCACAGAAGUGUAGUGGUGAGGAUGUGGAGCAGUGCAACUCCUUACCAGGCUGUGCAUGCUUCUUGACAGCAGGGCAGGUCUGCUGGCAGCAGGCUUGUGGUGUAGUCAAACAAACUGACCUGAAAAGCAGAGUGACUGCAUCCUGCCAGGAGCUUGACCUUUCCUGCAGCAUUACCAGUUAUCAGAUGGUAAAACUGGGACACUCCAAGGUACUUUUUUCCCCUCUUUACUGACAGUUAAAUAAAGCACGUUGCUGUUCUGGAAGCUCUUUUAUACAGUCUGCAGUCAUGGGAAUCUAAAGGUAACAGUGAGGUGCAUCUUGCUGGGAUGGGUUACGUAGAGACUGGAGGGGCUGGCAGCUUUAUUUUUCUGUUUAGCAAAGUUUCUUUGUGUAAUUGCUCCAAGUGCAAAACGUAAACACCUUGUGUAAGACAGGUGCAAGCUUUCGACAGAAUUCAGCAAGCUUAAAGCCACAGAGUUGGCUCUCAGGGUAAUGAAGAUGUCUUUCCACGUGUUGAUUGACUUGGCAGCUCUGUUGCAAAAGCAAAGGAGAGGCAUAGGAGGAAAAAGCAUGGCUGGCUACUGCAGCUCGGUGAGUCUCUGGGUGCAGGUUGGGCAGGGCAAGGAUAUUUUGGUGAAGGCGGGUUCUUGCAGCAAGCAGCAGGAAUGCAGACCUGCUGGCUAGUCCUCAGGGUGGCUGCAGGCUCCAGGUCUGUGCUGCUGUGUGUUGUCCCAGCUGCUGCUUCCAAGGUUUCUCUGGCAGGGAGGUCUGGUGUCAGUGCCUGCUCCAUCCGGGAGCAGCUUGCUGAAUGUUUCUGGGGCUUUUUUUCCUGCCUAUAAGAGAGCUUUCUUAGCAGCUGAAGUUCUCAAAAUGAAAAUUGCUCUCCAGGGGAGAUGAACACCUCGCAGCUGCCCUUCCGCCCCGCUCUGCAACUUCAACCUGGUGAAAUAGACAGACGAUUGGAAAAGAAGCUGAAGAUCACGCAGAAGGAAAGCAGUAGAAAAUCCAAAUCUCCUCCUAAAGUGCCGAUCGUGAUUCAGGACGACAGUGUUCCUUCAGGUCCCCCCCCACAGAUCCGGAUCCUGAAGCGGCCGGCCACCAACGGUGUGCUCAGCAACCCCAACUCCACCACCAGACCGGCGUUCCCUGUGAAGUCCCUGGCACAGAGGGAAGCAGAGUACGCCGAGGCCAGGAAACGAAUACUGGGCAGCGCCAGCCCUGAAGAGGAGCAGGAGAAACCCAUUCUGGAUAGGCCAACGAGGAUCUCCCAGCCGGAGGACGUCAGACAGCCCAAUAAUGUGAUUAGGCAGCCCCUGGGCCCCGAUGGUUCACAAGGCUUCAAACAACGCAGAUAAACGUGGGCAUGAGAGGAUGCUGCAGAAAGCAGGGUCAGCCGCCACGGGUCGCACUGCUGUGGCGGACAAAUGGACUUGAGCAAAGGGAACUACCUGGUUUACUUGCACUGUGAUCCCCUUUGCUCUGCCCACUGUGACCUCCAACCCCACGCACUGUGACCUCCCUGCUCCACGCACUGUGAUCAGCAAACUGACGAGGGCUGUCCCCAGUCAUUGUAAGCGGAAAGGGGAGGGGAGGGUAAAGGACUCGGACAGGUGCAAAGAGUCAUGCGUGCCACUCUGGUUCAAGCUAGUGCCAGCAAUAAUGUUUGUUGUACUUGUAACCUGGGAUUUAGGGAAAAAAAUGGGAAGCCUCCCCAGACACACACUUUGUCUUCAUCACUUUAAGAGCAAGUUCUGUUUCAAAGGAUAUCUUUUGAUUUUUUUCCUUUUGUUUUCUGUUUGUAUAUCGGAUUGACUUUCAAGGGAGUGCAUGGAAAGGGUUUUAACUGUUUAGUUUGUUUUAACUGAGAGAGGUAGCUAAGUGUUUGAAAAGGAAUUUCACUGAAUUCCUGCAACUUUAGUGGUUAGGGUUUGACAAGCUUAGCUUCUCGUUCUGUGUUUCUACCACUGCCAAGCAAACUGGACUCUGGGAUGCCCAGCCUUUCUGCUUGCCAUGGCCUGGGAGGCAGUGGAGUCCAAUGAUCUGGUUUGUGUAUUGCAUCUGUUAAAGCUUGGCUGGUGUUUUCUGCUGGCUUGAGGGGAAAAAAAAAACCUUUAAAUACAUCUUUUUUGUAUGUGGGGAGAAGGGAAUGUAGACAGAUCCCACGAAAAUGCCUGCUGUGUGGUUACUGCUUGCAGCAGAGCUGAUCUGCGGGGAACUAGGGCUCUGUGACAUCUGGACGUGCAGGCUAGGAGGGCAAUAGUGCUGCGUGGCUCUCAUUUGCUCCAUGAGAUGAACCCAUGGUGAAGAGCUGCGUUCCGUCCAGCCUGCGUGGUGGCUGAUGUGAUGGCGGGGAGCGGGACGGCCGCUGCUCCAAAGGUUGAAACCGAAGUGGCUUACAAUGGACUGAAGGCUCUGAUCUCUGUUACGGUACGAGCCGGUGCUGUACCUGAUACACACGCUUCUAGAAAUCACAGACAUUGGGAACAAAAUGUGUUCAAUCAAGUCUGGAAACCUCCCCAUCGUCGUACGCUGUGGGUGGUAACAGCCAGCUUUCCGCUGGGCUUCAGGGAAUGGAUUGCUCUUGCUGCUCCUGCUCCCACGAAGAGACAGGAUUUCAGGCAGCUCGUAGGAUGAAAGCUUCCCAGGAUGAUGGUGGUGGUGGAGAAGAGCCAUGAGGAGCUGGUGUGUGUCACAGGAUGCUAUUGAACGUGGAUGCUUCCCCCGUGCGCAGUGCUGUCUGUCCUAAUGCACGCUAGACAAAGCUGACCUAUCUUGAUAUUACUGUCUCCAGGGAUUAGAUGAACACUAAGGCUCUUCUUGGAGGGGAUGUAAUGGGCGACGUCAGGCGUGGAGGCGUUUCUGCGUGUCGUGUGAGGACCUCGACUGUUCAUUCAGCUGAAAUGGCCGCGGGCCGGCGGAUUGCUGCGUGCUCAGUACCUAGAAAAAAAUACUGUUGUUGGCUGUCAGAGGAUUAUUCUGUACGGGUGCAGUGUUGCCAGAUGCUUUGUGCUUGGCAGAUGUGGUAAAUGAGCAAACCUGAUGCCUUCUGACUGAACAGAAGUGACUGUGCCAUGCCAUGUUGUAUGGGAAACUCCCAUCUGGAAAGACGUGGAUGGAAAUACGGCUUAAAAAAAGGUAAAAUAAAACUACCUGUGUACAAAAAA